AUGGUCGAUGAUGCCGCGCCAGAUACCCUGCCAGGCCGAUCGAUCCCUCCCAGAGAUGAUCACGAACAUGAGAGAGGGAUCCCGGAGCUGUCGCAGCGGGCAAAUGACCCGGGCGAGCGGAUUUCGAGGAGGAGGCGACGACGAAAACAUCGAAAGGUUAAUCCGGGCCUGGCGAGAAAGUUCGACCUCAUGACCCAGUUGCUAAGGAAUCUUGACGCCCUGGUAUACGCGGAACUUUGCACGUUAUACUACAUGGAGUGUUCUAUUUUCCGCUUCGCCGUUCGCGUCUAUGGCCAACACCACUGGCUUACACCUAAACCCGACGACUAUCCAUUGACGAUGGAGGCUCCUCGGUCACAGGUCAUUUCUGUGUUCGUUCCGAACCUUCUUUGCAUCCUUCUGCACACGUUUGCGGCGCUACCCACGGCUGGCGAGGCUGCUAGAGGGUAUCUCCAUGGAGGUGUCAUUGUCGACUUUAUAGGGCAAAGGCCGCCGACUUCGAGGCUAACGUUCCUUGCCUUCGACCUUGUUGUCUUAGCUGUACAAUGCCUGAUGUUGGCCGUUCAUUCCGAGCGAGAGAAGCUCCGGCCUAUUGUACGGCCUGUUCUAUUGCGUUUGCCUCAUGUUUUAGAAGCGCAGAAUGCUGCGGCGUCGACCCAAGACCACGAUGCCGAAGAAAGAGGUGUCCUUAGGGAUGGGCCCGGGUUGGAAUUUGAGGGCGCUGAUAGCGUCGAGAUGCAGUCGUUGAGGUCUAAUGGCGAUGCUGAACCUAGCAACAACGCUGAAAGAAGUCGAGAAAGUAGUCGGCUGUCACGACGCCGCUCAUCUUUUCACUCGGCCACUAGCAUGCAGCUUUUCGACGUUCUCAGUUCAGGAAAUGGAGUACUCGGCGAAUUUCACAUUUCCCAUACAAUCAGAAAUGCAACAACGGACUUUCGGGGAGCAGCAGGACAUUCGCUUCAGACGCUGGGUUAUACGGCUGCAUUGACGAGGCUUUCGGCUAUGAGAAGGAUGCCUCAUUUGGAACGCAAUCAGAGAAAUCAAAGGUAG